GGUCCACUGCUACUAGAUACGGAAGCCUGUAAGCGGAAGCUUAACAUUUGAACAAUUCGGACCAAGGUCGUUGACGUUAGUUGGAUCACCUAUUUCUCAACAUCUCGUUGGGUGAUUCAAAGUUUCCAAGACGUUUCUGGGACUCUUGAAAAUAUAUUGCAAGAGUUUUCUUAUUGAGCGUCAGUUACAUUCUUCGCAAUGUCGUCGGUUUUGGAACAGCUGAUGGAGAUGGGCUUCACACAAGCUAGAGCGGAAAAGGCUUUAAAGUUUUCUGGCAACAAAGGAUUAGAGGAGGCCAUGGAAUGGAUUGUAGAGAAUGAUAGUGGUGAUGAGGAAAAAGAGAGAAUAAAGGGAACCAGGGAAAAUGAGACAACGGACUUACCAUUAUCUUACAAAUGUGAUGAUUGCGAUAAGUGUCUCAGAAAUGAAGAUGAAGUUCAGGUGCAUAGUGCUCGUACAGGGCACGUCAAUUAUUCACAGUGCUCAGAUGCAGUCUCAUCACUGACAGAAGAUGAACGUAGGGAACAAAUGAAGAAACUUCAGGAACUUCUGCGGGCCAAGAAAACCCAAAGAGAAGAAGAAGAGAGACAUGAAGAGAUUGAGCGUGAAAAGAAAAGACGUCAACAACACAAGACACUAAGUUCAGCUAAAGCGAAAUUCGAAGAAGAUGAAGUACGUCGUUUUGUCGAACAAAAAAAGCGUGAAAAAGAGGAGGAUCGUGCUUAUCUAGAGAAAUUGAAGGCUGAAAUUGCUCGAGAUCAAGAAGAAAAGCGUGCACGUACAGCUAGUGAAUUACCACUGAUAGCUCCGUCAAAUUCAACUUCUUUACCAACUGCAGUGCCGAAAACAAAUCCAACAAUUUGCCGUCUACACAUUCGUUUACCAUCUGGUCAGUCAAUCAAAGGAGAAUUCGGUGUCAAUGAACCCUUAAGUGCCGUUAUGUUAUAUGUUAGUCAAAAUUGGCCUAAUUCUUCAACUUUUAUUGACCCACAAUCUAUUCAGCUGAUGACUAGUUUUCCUAAACAAGAAUUUACUAGUGAAGAUAGAAAUAGAUCUCUUCUGGAUUUAGGCUUGUGUCCAUCUGCAGUUUUGAUGGUUCGACAAAUACCCCAAUAAAUACAAUUCCAUUUUAUUUCAACCCUAUAUAUAUAUAUAUAUAUAUAUAUAUAUAUAUAUAUAUAUAUAUAUAUAUAUAUACUUGUACCCAUAGUCACUUUUGGAUAGACCUAUUUUGAUAAUUAAAAAUGGGAACCAUUUUAUGUGAAGCUAACAAUGUUGAAUAUUCAUUUGUUUUUUACUUCCUUUUUUUCCUGUUAAAUUGGUCUAUAUCUGUACUCACCUAAUCGUGAGAGACAGUGCUAUGACUGAUUGUUGUUGUCUUUUGAAAUAUUUUCUUCUUUGCAUGUAAAGUGAAAAGUUGAUAUAUGCUUCUAAUAGUAAUAAUUAUUGUAAUAUAAAUCACAAUUUAUCGGAACUUAUGUGAUUGGUGACAGAUUUGAAUGAGGCUUAGUGAUUAAGGUAUUUAACUUCCAGCCACUAUGUCACGUUCGAACUCCUCCCACCUAUUUCGAUAUGAAUGAUCAGUUAGUAUAAUUAGCCCUCGUACUUAGAGUGUAGCUCAUACUCGAAUACAUGGUGAAUGAGUCUAUUUAUUCUCGUUUCUCGUAUUUGAUCCUAUUUUCUACCAUCUACAUAUCCUAUCAACUUUCUUUUUCUUCGCUGGUUUGAGCCUUGAUGACUAAGAUCGAUACACAUUUGUACUAGGUUCUACAUUGUUUAUGAUGAACUGAUUAAUUCGAAAUGGGACAGGACCUAUCCACACUUUAUCUUCUGUUGUUUAUAACUAUAAUAGUCUUUGACAUUACUGAAAAGGAAAUAUACUAAUUGAUUUCAAGAUCAUUUUUGUAAAUCGUUUUCCCUAACUAACAAUAUUUAUUUAUAUAACACUUAUACCGUACUGAAUGACUACAAGUUUCGGGAUGUAAGAUUUUGAUGAUCGUUUAGUAAUAUGAUCAUUUCAAUGUGGAUGGUUUUUAAUCGUCUUAAACUCGAGUUUGCAUAAGAGUAUCUGUAUAAGAUUUUUCCUUUGCCGUGAGCAAACUCUUAUAUGCAAUUUUAUUUCGCUUCGAUCUCAGAAUUUUUCAUCUGGGCUCUUCAUCGAGCACAGGUUUACCCACAUCCUUCAUUUUUAUGUAGUGUGUUGCAUAGCUGUGAAGUAAACUAAAGGAGACCACCUCAAAAUACUCUACAUUUCGAUAAAUCAUCGUGCAUCUCUGGUACCAAAGUCAACGUAGAUUAACAAGUGCCAAAAUAACAAUUUACAUUCAUAUCGUAAUUCAGUUAGUGACCAGUAGCGUAGAGUCGAUUAUUGUAUAGUAAUUAUUUCUGCAGCAUCCUGUCUCCUACAGAGUUGCGAAACGCAGCAAAAUUCUCCGGAAACGUUUUCAUCGUAUCGGGAUGUUUAUCAAAUAGGAAUGUGUUACGUACUCUAUGUCGAUAGUGACUCAGCUAAUCUGGGAGAAGUUUGGAUCAGACCAAGUCAUAUUUGUCGGUGUGCUUGCACAUAUGGGUCUAGAUAGUAUGUUUAUUAGUACAGUGGUUCUUUUCGUUUUUGUUGUCAUACUCCUUCAAACUUCUCGUCACUAAAAAAGAAACGCAAUUUUGGGUAAAACAACUUGAUUAAUUCAGGACAUCGUUUAGUGUUUUUGUAUUUGAGGACCUGACAAAGGGUAGAAAUAUUCUUCAAUACCUCCAAUCCAGGCGUUAAAACUGACUCCUUUUAACGGCCUUAUUGUUCUCAAGCUCCACUUAUGUGUCCAAUGGUUAUGAACGGUUGGUUUUUUUGAACUAUUGGUUAUAUUUAUCUGUCUAUGGUGGUUUCUGAGGGGAUUAACCCUUUAUUAUCUGUUAUAUCCGAACGAAAAAUAAAUGGAUGGUAACUUCUUGAAGUUAUUUAUGUCCUGCUAUUACAUAUAUCAUUGGGUAAUUAUUGAGAAACUAGAUUGUAUAUAUAUAUUUGUAUUCCUUUUAUCAUAAGCUUUCACUUGACCUAUAGGCUACUGUUAUAUGAUUUACCACUCUUAAUUUAUUCUCAGUCUAUUGGUUACAGUCUCCUGCACUCAGUCACUUUUCGUUUGAUUUUGUAUAAUUUUCAUUUUAUGGUGUGAUGUGGUCUGAUCUGCUUGUAUAUGAACCACGUAUGUCUGGAAGUAUAUGAUUCAUACAGUGAAGGCUGAUAUUUGUGUUCCGGACUGAUGGGGCUGUGUUAGGCGAGAAGGACCAAUAAAGACUGAGAUUUGACUCAAGGCUGCCUGUACUGUUAUGACGUAUGAUUAGUUUCGUACGAGUACUAGGUCGUAAGUGUCGAUAUUCUGAUUGGCGGUUUUGUCACGUAAUAUUAAAAGGUGGUUUGCACAUACUCCGAGAGUUUAUUGAGAACGCAUAUUUUUAGACAAUGGGUUGAACAACUAUUUCAUUUUAAGAUAGUUUCUUUACCUAUUUGACUGCGGCGGAAUUUCCUAUUUGGCUUCGUAUACAGUCGUUGACUGGUCACAUUGAUUCAACUCAGGAUCAAAAAUUGGAUACGAAAUUCUUCUAAAACUUAUUUCGUACAUUCUUAUCCUCAGACAAGCUUUUGAAUUGACUACACGUUUACCCUUAAAAUAAUUUUGUAUCGCAGUUGACGCAGUCACGGAUUCAGUACGACGAACAGAAACGUAGACAUGCAUACAAUCUCGUGUAGAUACAAGGAAAAUGUUUAUCUGUAAAAAGUUAAUAAUUUUACGAAUAUGAAUGCAAUACUAUUAAAGGAAGUAAUCGGGACAAUUAUGUGGUGUUUAAAAUAACCUAUGAGAUUAAAGCGAUAUAUAUAUCUGGCUAACACUUCGAGUAGGUGAGUAAUCUGAAUAACUACACGUCUAAGUGACUACAAACUAUCAUUUAAAUCUGUCGUUCCCCCCAUCCACUUCCGCCACCUACUGAUGUUUCUUGUAUAGAAUCAUUCAUUUUAUGCUUAUGUUGCUUUCAUUCCUUAUCUAGGAGAUAGGUUUAGAUUAUUCUAUGUUCUCAUUAUGUCUAGCUGAUUUCAUCGUGGAAUCUGGCUUACCUAGAGUUUCCGAAUGACACCUGGGCACAAUUGCCAGUAGGCAGUUCGUUUGUACAUCUUGAUGGGUGAACUCUUAAAUCAUUUUAUCUGAUUGUUUGAAGUAGUUUCAUUCUCGUUCUAUUAUUUUGUCUGACCUUUGCGUGUUCAUGCUUGACAGCUUUUUGUGUAACCUCUAACUGAAUAACUUUUUCUGGAGGUUAUUUGAAUAAAGACUUGAAGAAAAUUUACAAACAGUUUAAAAAUAUUUUAAUUCAUUUUGUAUUGGUUGUUUGAAUUUUCCUAUUAAUGUUUAGGACUUCAGUCGAACAGUCUCUUGUUGGCAUAUAUGUAUCCUGCUCGGAUUGCCUCGUUAUUGCCUUAAAUAAUAAGCAGAGAUGGAGGAUGGCUAGCAUUGGAAUCUAGGACUACGUUUCCUCCUAUUUGAGACUCGUCAGCUGGAUGUGCACUGUAAAAUCCAUAAAUGAUAGCAUUCUAAGCAGUUAAAAUAUUGAUAGUAAUCAAAGUCAUUCUGUGUUACUUAGAUUGAUAUUUUAGAGUAUAUUCGAUGGUUUGAGUAAAGAACCUUUCCAUUGAGACCAUGUUAGAAUAUAAUAAUUCUACUUAUAUUCAUGCACUGACUUCGGAUAAACCAACCUAGUUUAUAUCAGUUUUAAUCUUUUAAUUUGGAUGAUACUUGGUAUUAAAAUAAAUAAUGUAGACAACUAUUGUAGUGAAGGAGAACACAGGUAAGGACAACCGAAUUAUAUUUAGCACAUUACAGAGUUACUUGGUAAAAUAGAAAAACCAUACUAUAAUACCCAAUUUGCAAAAUGUACAAUAAUUGUCUCGGACUUCAUUGUCCUUGCAUUUCUAUACUAAUUGCUUUCUAUUCC